AUCUCCACAUAAAUAAAUACCCAAGUCCUCUUGUAUUUCACGCACACUCACUCUCAAACACUGUUCUUCUUCGCCUCAAUCCUCUCUUUGUUCGAUUCCUUACAUUUCUUCAAAAAUGGCCAAAGACCCAGUUCGUGUUCUCGUCACUGGUGCUGCAGGACAAAUUGGGUAUGCCCUUGUCCCUAUGAUUGCCAGGGGAGUGAUGUUGGGUGCUGACCAACCCGUGAUCCUCCACAUGCUUGACAUUCCUCCAGCAGCAGAGUCAUUGAAUGGGGUUAAAAUGGAGUUGGUGGAUGCUGCAUUCCCUCUUCUUAAAGGUGUUGUUGCUACCACUGAUGUGGUUGAGGCAUGCACUGGGGUCAAUAUUGCUGUGAUGGUUGGUGGGUUCCCAAGGAAAGAAGGUAUGGAGAGGAAAGAUGUGAUGUCUAAAAAUGUAUCUAUUUAUAAGUCCCAGGCUUCUGCCCUUGAAAAACAUGCUGCUGCAAACUGCAAGGUUCUGGUUGUUGCUAAUCCAGCAAACACCAAUGCACUGAUCUUGAAGGAAUUUGCUCCAUCUAUUCCUGAGAAAAACAUUUCUUGUUUGACUAGACUGGAUCACAAUAGGGCAUUGGGCCAAAUUUCUGAAAGACUGAAUGUUCAAGUUUCUGAUGUAAAGAAUGCCAUCAUCUGGGGUAAUCAUUCAUCAUCUCAGUAUCCUGAUGUCAACCAUGCGACUGUUAUAACCCCAGCUGGGGAGAAGCCUGUCCGUAAACUUGUUGCUGAUGAUGCUUGGUUGAAUGGGGAAUUCAUAGCUAUUGUUCAACAACGUGGUGCUGCAAUUAUUAAAGCUAGAAAGCUUUCAAGUGCACUGUCUGCUGCUAGUGCUGCUUGUGACCACAUUCGAGAUUGGGUUCUUGGAACUCCUGAGGGUACCUGGGUUUCAAUGGGAGUAUAUUCUGACGGUUCGUACAAUGUACCAGCUGGACUGAUCUAUUCAUUCCCUGUCACCUGUGCCAAAGGGGAAUGGAAAAUUGUUCAAGGACUAACAAUUGAUGAGUUCUCAAGGAAAAAGUUGGACUUGACAGCAGAAGAGCUUUCAGAGGAAAAGGCUUUGGCUUACUCAUGCCUCUCUUAGAUUGCUUGAUUUUUGUCUAUUGUAAUUGCAGUUUCAUAUGUUUUGUUUCAUAGAAGUAGCUUAUAUUUUGAAUAAUGCUCCUUCUAGAUACCGAGGAACUAUCAGUGGAGAGUCUACUUUCCUUUUGAAGUACUUGUGUGGUCUUGUAUUGCAACAUCUAAUCCUUUUAUGAGGAUAUAUUUGAGCUUAACGUUUUUACUCAUGGUAAUAUACUAAUAUUCCAUGGACCGCAUAUUAAAGUUGAUUAAACUUAAUUUUACGCUUGUUAG